CAUAAAGCUAAAGAGUACUAAAGACGUUAUAUAACUACACAAACUGUUCACAUUGAGAAAGUCAAGCCACGAAAAUACUGCUUGACUGUGAGUCCGACAGACUAAAAUUUAUACAACACUAGUAGAUUCUAGUCAAGUUAGAUCUACUAUGACUAUGUCUAUGAUGGCGCUGACUGAUUUAUUUAUUGUUCUCAUUGCUAUUGUGGAGCUAAGCAGAGGCGCUUUUGGGAUGCCGUUGCAUGCUUCAUGCAAAAUUGAUUGGUACUUUGGCCUGGGUUGUCCAGAGACAAGCAAAAAAAUUAUUGAUCAGAUAGAUUUAUGGAAAGGUAAUGACUGCGGCACAGGUGAAAAGUGCAAAUACAAAUUUAUCAGCUUUGAUAAUUCAGUGUUAAAAGCUACACACACAACUCCAGUGAAGAACUAUGUUGAUGACCUAACAUUUGUUUUCAACUCCAAUAGUACAACAAGCUGUGUUGUUAAUGGCUUCAGCACCUCAGAGACUUGGUAUGCAGUUCUAGAUUAUGGUACCAACUACUGCAAUCUACACAACUUGAUUACUGGCUCUGGACUAGAUCUGACAGCAAAUUAUAAGGAAGCAACAGACAAUGGGAGAUGUACUCAGUAUUCCUCUGCCAAUUGUGACAAAUAUUAAGUUUUGCUGCAAAACAUUUUGCAUUGCUAUAAUUAUGCUGAUCUGCUCAGACACUGAGAAUUUUUUUUUUAAAUAUUUCCUUUUUUUAUUCUGACUUUUUUUGCACUUUAAUAUACUGUUUAGAGAAUUUUUUCAGUUCAAUAAAACUUUAAAAGA